GCAGAAUCAUCGGCGAUAGUCUUGUUGAAUGAAUUAUUAGAUACAGCUGUCUCAUUAAGUCUGGUCUCACGAAAACAGAACGGAGAGACUGUACUUCGCGAUACUUCGGCGAGAUCGUACUAUACUUGCACAACAACGCGAUCUCGCUGUGCGUCAUUAUUCGCAAGUUAUCGAGGUCUUCGCGUUCGCCGCGGUGAUAUCAGCCAGUCAGACCUCCCUCUAUUGAAGGAGUCAAGAAGAAGCUCUAUGAAUGCUCAAACAUCAGGAGAGAUACCUCCGGUAUGGUGACACAUCCGGUACGCAGGAGUUGAACUGUAGCGAGGACUUCGAUUGCAUCUGAAAGGCUGGAAGUAACGGUGGUUCGUCGAGUGUCAUCCUGAUCACAUCACGAAUUGACGCUCGUCGGAAAGAGAACUUUCGGGAACAAACAUUAGCGGUGCAGUAUAUCAUGCGCACGAAGAACCAUCCCGGAAAAUCGAAAGCGACACGACAUUCUUACUGUCGGCAAUACGCGGGACACGCGCCAUCGGCGUAAAUAUUGAAUUGAACAAGUGACGUAAUAUUAGUUGCGCGAGGCAUGAUAAUAAGCGAGGACGUCGUCGUUGCUCGUCGGCGCACCUCGCGAUCAGAUAAAGCCGCUCGAAAUUGUUCCCCGUUUCGAGGUCGACGUACUGCUCGCGUAUCUGCCGCAGAGAAGCCCGAUAAAAGGUUCAGUCCGGAUCUACCAUCGUUGCCAGCCUGCUGUUGCAUUCCCGAAUUCUCGCCGGCGGAAACGCACGGAAUGGAGGCGGAGCAUAGACUGGAGCAGUUAAAGAGAGCGACGGACAGAAUACAAAGGGAAAUCGAAGAAGUGACCGAGAGGGAACACGAACUGCGGAACGUGGGUAGCAUUAAAACUACAUCCCAUGAGACGGUAGACUUCAAGGUGCGCCGUAUGCCACAAGCUCUGGCCUCGGGAAAAUUGAAAAGAACGACGUCUACACCACAAAUACUGGAGACAGUCAGCCCGACGUCGCGGUCGCCAAACUUGACGCCAAAGAUGACGAACGGCGUGAUAUCUACGCGCACGACGUCGACACCGCUGCGUUUUGCAACCACGCCAAAUCAGAAGGGUUUGAUGCACAGGUUUCUAGCUACACGGGGAAAACUCUAUAAGAGUAAAUCGCAAAACGACGAUAAUUUGAAUUCUCCCAUAACGCCCGUUAUCACGCUCAAUCCUUUGAGUAUCAAAGCCUUUAACAGAACAUUGGAAAUACCACUGGAACCGAAUGACGAGCCAAAGAAACCAUUAACGAGGAAAGGAUAUGUUCCUGUCGAGCAAAAGAUUCAAAAAGAGUUACAUGACAUGAAAGAACGAGAGAACGAAUUAAGAUUGAUGAGAUCGCAGAUGUUAGCAAAGUCUCAGCCAAAUCUACUUGAUAUAGGAAACGAUAACGAUUCCGAUAUUUACGACGGUUCCAGUUCCCUUAGAAGUGGCACUUCCACUAAUACCUUGAAUGAAGAUGAAAUCGAGAGAGAACAUAAAGGAAAACACAAGCCUAAUCCACGACGUCGUAACACACUCAUCGAGCAAUGGGAAAAUCUGAUAGCAGCCAAGAGAGAAGCUAUUGAGAAUAAUAAUGAGAAAGAUAGAAACUACUUUUGAAAGUUUUACUAUUUGCA